AUGCGCGGUGGAUGGGAUUGUGGUGAUGAUGAUAAUGGUGAUGCCGGUGAUGGUGUGAUCGCGGUUGCAGAUGCGUUGAAGGGGAAGCUUGAUGUAGUGAGACAGGGUGCAUUCCAGUGCCCAGCUAAAGAUGGGCAAUACGAAGAUCCAAAGCAGUGUGAUAAGUUCUAUGAUUGUGAUGGUGGAGUACCAACGGAGAAGCUCUGUCCAGACGGUCUAGUGUUCGAUCCCACCAUCCGGAAGCAGAACAAGUGCGACCAACCCUUCAACGUAGACUGCGGAGACCGUAUUGAACUGCAGAAGCUCAAGGAUGGCUUCGAGUGCCCCAAGGACGCGCAGGCGGACGGCAACGGCCAGGCGGUGGCGCACCCGAAGUUCGCGCACCCGGAGGACUGCCAGAAGUUCUACGUGUGCCUCAACGGCGUGGAGCCCCGCGAGCUGGGCUGCUCGCUGGGCGAGGUGUACAACGAGGAGGACCAGAAGUGCGACGCGCCUGAGAAUGUGGCGGGAUGCGAAGACUGGUACAAGGACAGCCCGGAAGUCGGGGCCAAGGGCGGCAAGCCCAAGAAGCAGAGGAAGUAGACUGAGGCGCAGGCCCCGCCCCUGCGCCCGCCGCCCGCGGCGCCCGCCGCCCAGCGCCGCCCGCCAGCUCACUCCGUCCAUCGCCCCCCCCCUCCCCCGCGCGAGCCACCACGCACGCACGCACGCCAGACCGCUCGCAUUGAUUCAGUGCGCCCUCAGUUCCUCCAUCCUCGUUGCCCGUUUUCGUCAUAAAUGAUGGUUCUCUUACUUUUUGUUACACAGUCCAAUUACACAGACAGUUUUGAUGCAUACAUCUACGGAUAUAAUGAGACUAUUGAUUAUAUAUUCCCAAUGUUUCUAAUACACUCGACGUGUCUUGGUUACAAAAUGUUAUCUCUCUGAAAGGAAAAAAAAUAUGAGUGAUAAUCUUGGAUAUCAGUUUGAAAGUUCCCCAAUUUCAGAAACGUUAAGACAAAGUACAUUUUCCGAAAAAUUAAAUAUAACAGACAAUUUGACAAUGCUUGAACAUAUUUACAUAAUAUAUUUAAGAUAACUACAACUUAUUUGAACAAACAUAAAUAAUAGUCACAAUAUGUAAUUGAAUAUUCGAACCAAAUAAUUAAAUAAUAGUACCUUUUUUGGGAAGUACUGAAAUGUGGCAAAUGAAACAUCUGCUCAUCGUAUUUUCUCCGUUCAGUAAACGCACUGAAAUGUGUCAUUUGCACUAUUUUUCAACCUGUAUACAUCACACACUUAAACAGACAAACAAGAGAAAGUUUUACAUUGGCUCGUACAACAUCACUGAAUGAAUACAAACGGUUUCUCCAAAUUGGACGCGCGUGCAUCUGCGUGGAUCCCGAACUCUCGCAGAGUUCACCGCAAGGUUGGCAGCAGCUCGUGGCUUCACCUCGCCAGCGAAAUCACCGCCCUCGAGAUGGCGAAUGUCUCGAGGGUCCGCGCACCAUCGUUGCUCACUCGCGACCGCCCUGACGCCUCAGCGGCGCAGUGGAGAUUCUUACAAUGCAUCUGCAAGGGGACACUUCUGGGCAAUAUUGAUUUCAUGUAUCUGUGUUGAGGAGGUGUACUUCUCGAAUGUCUACCAGUGAGCUAUCCUAUGCGUACCUUAAUCGUUAAAGUAAUUUAAGAAUGUCAUGAUUAUAGAGUGUAUUGUUUGCAUUUAUUGAGUUGCUUGAAAUAAAUUGAUUUGGUA